ACGCAUUAUACAACGUAUAGUUCCCGGGGAAUCCCAGCGGCGACUAUUUGAGGUCAGAAAUAUAAAAGUGUGGCCAAAAUGAAAGCAGUGCUCGGUGUUUUGCUAAUUCUCGUGACGGUCGCGCCCAAUCUCACCAUGAUAAGCGUUAGUGAAAGUGACAAUUACGUUCGACGACGAGACGAAAUACUAAAAUUAGAGGCAGCAGAAUUCUUAGGAGGCAACGUAAAUUUGAGCGUAAAAGAAAAACGAGUCGAUGAGGUUAUACAGGCAGCAAGAAAACGCGAAAUGAUCAAAGCCCACGAAAACUCGUCGGAAUUUUUACCCUCCCAGCAUUUUUUUAAGGUCAAAAACAAAAUAUCGACGUCGGAAGUUUUCUCGAUUAUCAGAAAACUUCCCAAAGGCGGGUCUCUACACACGCACUUCCUAGCCGGCGUUUCCCUGGAUUAUAUCAUAAAAAAUAUCACGUACAGAAAGGAUAUAUACGGUGGUUACGUUAACGGGGUGUUCAAGUUGAAAUUCUUCGCUGAAGGCGACCCUAACGCGAAUGCCACGUGGACAAAGCUAGAAAAAUACAGACAAAGCGACCCGAAUUUCGACCUUUGGCUGAAAACCCAAUUAUCCCUAGUAGUGGAAAACCCGCAGGAAACCUACCCCACAGCGGACGCUAUUUGGACGAAAUUCAAGAAAACCUUCACAACUCAAUACGACAUGGUAUGCUACAAACCGAUUUUCGAAGAUUACAUAUACCAAUUACUAAAAGAACUGCACGAUGACAACGUGAUGUACACAGAACUAAGAGGUACUUUUAUGCCGUUGUACGAAUUAAACGGUACGAUUUACAACAAAGAGGAGUUUUUCGAAAUAUUCAUCGGAGUAACGGAGAAAUUCAAACGCGACCACCCGGAUUUCCUGGGCGUGCGUUACAUCCACAACCUAUACCGCGGAGUAUCCGUGGAAGAUCUCACCGUCGACCUGCAGGAACUGGUGGAAUUGCAAGAGAAAUUCCCCGAUUUCAUCUGCGGCUUCGACUUCGUAGGCCACGAAGAAGAAGGCCACCGCCUGUUCGAUUUCCAUCGGGCUCUAUUGCCGUUCGCCGGUCGAUUGAAAUUCUUCUUCCACGCCGGAGAGACCAACUGGUUCGGCAGCACCGACUUGAACCUGAUCGACGCGAUUCUGCUGAACGCCAGCCGAAUAGGACACGGUUUCAGCUUCGACAAGCACCCGAAGCUCGCGGAAAUGGCGCGGGAAAAAGAUAUUUGCGUGGAGCUGUGCCCCGUUUCCAAUCAAGUGUUGAAGCUGGUCGACGAUUCGAGGAACCAUCCGGCGGUGAAUUUGCUGGCCAGAGGCUUCCCGGUGGUCGUGUGCAACGACGAUCCGGCCGUUUGGGGCGCCGAAGGCUUGAGCUACGAUUGGUACGUCGCUUUCAUGGCGAUGACGCCCGAAGGCGCCGGCUUGAAGGUUCUGAAGCGACUGGCCUCGAAUUCGCUGUUGUACAGCUCGAUGGGCGAAAGUGGAAAGCGCGACAGCGUUCGGAAAUGGGAGCAGAAAUGGGAGGUGUUUUUGGAUGAAAUACUUAAUCAAUACAAUAAUGUGUAAUUAUUUGAUUGCGCAUUUUUUUAGUUGUAAUUACUUCUGUGGAUAGAUU